CCAACUACCCCACUAUCCAACUAUCAUCCUUCCACUAUGUCCUCAACUACAGAUAUACCGACCACCAUUCAGGUCGUACUUUCAGUCCCUCAUGCGACCAUCUACCAGCUCACCAGUGCCACCUCCGAGAAGAAACUGAUCGGCACAGGCGAACUGCGCGUCUACUCUUCUGGACUUCCAGGAAACAUCCCGAUCCCAGAGGGAACCGAUGGCUCGAAGGCGCCCUUGACAACUUUUUUGACUCUGGAGACCAACGACACGGCAACAAAGUCCUCCAAGAGUCUGAUCACUCACCCGUUGAUGCCCAGGUCGGCGGCACAGAAGACUGACGAUAGGACAUGGCGGUUCACUGUUGCGGGCAAUGGAUACUUGGAGCUGCUGUUGCCAGACGCAUCCGAGUCAGAUAUUGCGGCACUGGAGAACCUGCUGACAGACAGAAUCGUGUACACAAACCAGUACCAGCUCCGAAAUCAACUCGCUCUCGUCGAUGAUGUCGGACAGAUUUAUGGUGUCUUGGACGAAGAGGAUGUGGAGGUGCAAGACGAUGAUGCUGUCUCGCUUUCCGAGAACCAGAAGUCGCCUGUCAUUAUCGAGGCAGUUGAACCUCGUGAUGAAGACGGGGACAAACCACUAAAGCUCAAGAUUUCUGUCCCGUCCGCUGACGACAUGGCCGACUACCUUACCAGCGUCUCUCAAUACUUUAGUGAGAACCUCGUCAAGGGCGCAACCGUUGUUGCUGGCGGCAUCACCACGUCAGGUGCGUAUCUCAACUCCAAGAUUCCUGAGACGCAGAAACCACUCAAGAUCUCUCCCUUCAUCAAGAACCGUAUCCGUAAUGUGGCCAAAGUCAGCCGCGUCACCUUCGGUGUUACCAGUCGUAUCAAAUCCGCCAUUAUCUCCAAGGCCCUCAGCUCGGGUUAUCGCGCCAUCAAGUACUGGACCUCCAAGGAUGACCCCCAGUCGUACUCAACCAUGCAAAACAUUUGUUACGCGAUCCUCAACUCUGCAGGCGUCUUGAUCCAGGCUGCCGAAGAUUCCAUUGGAAUCGUUUCUGCACCUGCCAUCUCUGCCACGCAAGAUUUGGCCGGAAGGGCAUUGGGACCUGACGUCAAGGAAUUGGUUACAGAGGCAUUGGAGGGAUUUAAGAACUUUACACUGGUAUACUUCGACAAUGCAGGCAUCUCGCGCAGGGCGUUCUUACAUACCUCAAGGUUGGCAGCAUUGCAGACGGCUCAGGAAGUCAAGGACGGCAAGAUCAAGAUGAAAGAGCGCAAGAAGUCCAGCGAUCAUGCCCAGGGAUCUGUACCCUUUGCCGCCACUGCGGACGCUGCUGCCUCACAAGUGAAGCAGCUGUACUUCAAGUACUUCGGAAAGACGGACGAUCAACCCCAGGAAGCUGCAGGAUCAUCAUCAUCCUCUGCUGCCGCUGGUCCAAGUGACAGCAAGAAGAAGACCGAGUAAGAUCGAGCAACAAAAAUUUUGAC